AUGCAAAUCAAGCAUCGAGGCCUAUACUGGCCCUUGGCUGCAGUCUCCUUACUCUUCAUCAGCCAUACAACAGCUUAUGAGAGCCCUGACGGUAUCGAGCCUUAUGGACAUGGCAAUGCACCCGAUGUUGUUUCUUGGGACACAUCCUGGAACGAGUCUUAUCCGGCUUCUGAGGGUGAUGAACCUAGUUUGGGUGCCGAUAGGGGCUUAUCAAGCAGAGCUGACGACUUCUACCUGAGAGUCAUGCCGUUGGGCGCAUCAAUUACUCAGGGUUAUCUAUCAACUGACAACAAUGGCUACCGGAAGUGGCUCCGCUCUCAACUUCGAUAUAAGGGCUGGAAGGUCAACAUGGUUGGGUCCAAGCAAAACGGCGAUAUGAAAGACAGGGAUAACGAAGGCUGGCCUGGCUAUGUCAUUGAUCAGGUUCACAACGAGUUCAGGAAGUCAAUGUGGAUGAAGCCGAAUCUUGUGCUCAUAAAUGCCGGAACGAACGACUGUAAUCAGAAGAUCGACAUUGACGGGGCCGGAGGGCGAAUGAAGGCUUUGGUUGACGACAUUUACUCUAAUAUUCCCGGUGUGACGAUUGUUCUAUCCACAAUUGUCAGAAGCACCAAUGUCACCAAUGAUGCGUGCGCAUCAAAAGUGAGCAAGCAGAUCCGUCAGCUAGUGAAGACCUACCGCGGCCAGCGCAUUGGUCUUGCAGAUAUUAAUCCCGUCCUGCCUACAAGUAUGCUGCAAAAGGAUGGAAUCCACCCUACUGAUGCUGGUUAUAAGCUAUUUGCCUCGGUUUGGUGGGACGCUAUCAGAAAGGUCCAGGCAGAUAUACAACCGCCAGCAAAGGUUAGUGGCAUCGACGAUGCAGUAAAUGAAAAGUCAUCUGAGUGCAAGAAAACGGCCGGCAAUUCUCGAGCACCAAAACAAUCACAACGGGGCAGUGGCCAUGACGAUGGCAUCUACCGACACUACAGCCACGCGCAGGGCGUCCUCAAGUCGCUGCGACUUGAGAACGGUGGUGACUCUGCGUCCCUGAUCAAAGAUUACCCUUGGCACGUCUUAUUUGCCAACAUUGUCCUCAACUCUGCCAAUUCGCCUCGGAGUUAUGCUCUAGAUGACAUGAUUCGCAUUCACCACGAGAAAGACGGCACCAAUACUUACUGGUACCGACAGAACCAGGGAGGCGGCAAGUUUGCUGCCUCCAAAAGGUUCGAUGUCGACAUGGAUUGCAAUGACGGACCUCGCUAUGCAUUUGCCGAUUUCAACAACGACGGUUUAGAUGACUUCUUUUGUCUCAAAUCCGGCUCGGCUGUCUGGGUGUCAAUCAAUCAGGGAGGCAACCCACCCAAGUUUAAGAGCAUCGGCCAGGUUGUUGGCAAACACGACGGCUAUGAAGCAACCGAUGUCCGUAUCGCAGAUAUCGAUGGUGACGGAAGAGCAGACUACUGUCUCGUUGAGGAUAGUGGAGCUGUCAUCUGUUCCAGAAAUGGUGGUACUGGGGUAAAGUAUGCCUGGCAAGGGUUCAAGACAGCCAAAGGAUUGCGAGAGACUGUCUUUGACAAGAAUCCCAAGUCGGCAGCCAGCAAGUCCGGUGUUGUAUUUGCGGAUCUCAACGGAGACUUCCGCGAUGAGUAUAUGUGGAUUAGCGACACAGGCAGUGUUCACACCUGGAACAACAUGCGAGGUUGGGGCAAGGGCAUCGUGCCUGAAUGGAGGGAUGCUGGUCUGACCCAUAAAGGCCAAGCUGCAAAGGGAAUACAGAAUCGCAUCAAGUUUGGUCGUAUCUACGGCUCUGGCCGCCGCGACUACAUUUACCUGAGAUCGGACAAAACAGGAAUCGACAUGGUUGUGUGGGAAAACAGGGGAUUUGGUGGCACUAAAAGGAAAGCCGAUGGUAACUUCUACUGUGAUAUGCGCGGCACCGGCUCUGACGACUAUGUUUGGAUCUAUUUCGACGGCCAUGCAGCUGAACUCAAUGCUAAUAUCCACAAUCCUCCGUUGUGGGGAAACGACCUCAAGAUCGAACUCAAGGUACCAGGACCUCGUGUUGGUAUACACCUAGCCGAUUGGACGGGUGAUGGAAAGUGUGAUGUUCUGGUACAGAAUGAGGCAACCGGUGCCUUGACGCUGUACGAGAAUACGUAUGAAACGGGUUCCAAGAGCGUUACCUUUACCAACAAAGGUGUUGUCACGCCUGCGACUUGCUCGCAGGGUUGGGGUGUAAGCCCCUUCGACCGCGGCAUGAGACUUGCUGAUAUUGACGGAGAUGGGCGGGCCGACGUCAUGUGCCUCGAGCCCAAUGGACGCAUCACGGGCUGGCUCAACCUCAAGAGUGGUAUGGAGAAUGUGGGCCAGGUUAAGUUUUCAGAGGGGCGGGAGCGAGCCGAUAUACGUUUUGCAGAUGUCGAGAACUCAGGCCGAGCUGACAUUAUCUACCUUGACAAGUACACCGGAGCUGCCACUGUCUUCAAGAACUUGGGAAGAAAGGCUGGCACUGGUAGUUCUUUCAACUGGUCCAACCGUGGAGUUUUAUAUGCUCCCAUCGACCGUGGCGAGACGAUGCAUUUCACCAAUCAAGGUGGUCUUGGCCGGGCUGAUCUUGUUCAUGUUCUUCCGUUUACGAACAAGGCAUAUACGUAUUUCAACGAAUGUGGUGCUAGCGGUGGAGAUGAUGGACCAAUAACCGACCCCGGGUUGCCCAAAUACAGCACUGGUGGCCAAGAUGGCGGCACCGACGAUGGUUCUGAAGAUGGUGGUGGAAGCAGUGACGACUGUUCCAAGCCAACUUUCGACGGCGACUCCAAAGUCAUUCUCAGUGAAAACUUCCCGGACCCAUCGUUUGUAUUCGAUUUCGAGUCUUGUACUUGGUACUCUUUCGGCAGCCAAGACAAGGGGAAAUUGGUGCAGAUGGCACGAUACAACAAAGCUAAGGAUAAGUGGGAACUGCUGAGCGACGAUCCGCUGAAAGAUGCGGGUGCUUGGGGCCAGAAUCUCGACAUCGUGGCUCCUGAUGUACAGUGGAACGGCAAGCAAUGGGUCAUGUACUACAGUGCUUUCACCCAGGACGACAACGAUGGAAAGCGAUGUAUUGGCGUGGCUUUUUCCGACUCAAUCCGUGGGCCUUAUACACCACGAGAUGAACCCCUUGUAUGCCAGCUUGACAAGGGCGGAGUCAUCGACCCAAGUGCAUUCUAUGAUCCCGGAAGCGAUACGAGAUGGGUCGUGUAUAAAAUCGAUGGGAACAGGAUCUGCGGCAAGACGUCUAUCAUGCUGCAACAGGUUGAGAAUGAUGGUUUCACACUGAAAGACGACCCAGUUGAAAUCCUCAGUGAGACAGACGAUGAAAAGUUGCUUGAGACACCGAGUCUCGUCUACGAGGAUGGUUCGUACCUCCUAUUCUACAGUUCUGGGUGUUACACGUCAGAUAAGUACAGCAUCAAGUACGCAACGUCGGGUAGUAUCUCAGGUCCAUAUGAUAGGGGCGACGAUGAGGUAUUGGGCUCGAUCGCUGGGAGCAUUCAAAGUCCAGGAAGUGCAUCCAGUAACGGAAAUGGACAUCUCCUAUUUGCUGCUUGGUGUGACAAGGAUCUCACUACAAGAUGCUUAUAUUCCGCUAGUUAUAAAUUCGAAGACGGGCAGGUUACAUUAAAUUAG